CUCGAAAAUAUAAGAAACGCAGUAAUCGGAUAAACAAUAAAUUGAAAGUGUCUGAAAUUCUUAUAUUUACAUAUAUUCCCACAUAUUGAUAAUGUAUUGCAAGCUACGUCGCCUGGAUCUAUUAAGGAAAGGUCAACUCUCGGACUGUGAGCUGCAUGUUGCCUACGUGGACAGCUGCAAGAAGAGCUGCAGUCGCCAGUUUCGCUGUCACAAGCAGAUGCUCGCCUCCGCCUCGACAGAGUUCGAACGGCUGAUCAACGAUCCGGAGUUUGAGCGGAACCAACGUGUAAUCCUUGUUGAUGAUGCCUCGCCAGAUGCCUAUGAAGCGUUGUUGCUCUACAUUUACACCUAUGAGAUCUACAGCGCUAUUACCGUGGAGAUGUGCUGCGAACUUAUCCAUUUGGCCACCAAAUACAAUAUACCCGACUUUAUCGAUAGCUACAUUACCAAGCUGGCCGAUCAAAACUGGCCCAUUGGCACCGUGCUUAAGAUCUUUCAGCUGGCCAAUGAAUUUAAUCGUCCAUCGAUAAUGGAAUUAGUUGGCAAGAAGAUUGCGCCCGUUGCCACCCAAUUGCUCAAUGACAAUUCGUUUCUACGACUGAGUUUGACCCAGCUGAAAGCACUCAUGCUCAUCCUUAAAUCCCUGGGCAGCAUUCCGGAUAAACAAUUGCUCUGCGCUCUGAAGAAGUAUCAGAAAUGCAAUAAUCUACACUAUAGCAACAUGGCAUGCUUUCAAGAGUUUGUGGGCGUGGUGAAUAUCUUUGGACAGAUGUUGUUUGAGGCAGAUGGCACGCUCUCUCUCUGGUUGACAAAGAGGCGCCACCAGUUGACGAAGUCACAGAUGGAGUUCGUGCUCCACCGCCGUCAACAGUCGCAUCGCAAUCCGCUUCAGUGUUCAAUGCGGAGGUCACUGCAGAGCUAG